UGACAAAAAAACCUUCGAUCUUUAACAACGCGCUCCACGGCGGCGUUCAACUCAUCCUUUUUCCGACUGAAAUCCAACACACACAGAACAUAAAUUGAAAGUAUGAAGGCCAAGAAUUUUCGAAAAAGAAGUAUAGAGGUCGAAGAGGAAGACGAAGACCAUGAAAUGAGAUUGACUUUGGCCUUGGAGGAGGUCAAAUUCCUCCAGAGACAGAGAGGGAAAAAAUCUGGGAUAUCCGCUUUACUAUCACCUGCGCCACCUGCCUCUGCCGGGGGGAGCGCCACCGAUGGCAGUGGUUUGAUUCGUACCGUUAAUGAUAAGACUGAAGGUGAUGCUGAGAAGGACGACCUGGUUUUGCAGGACACCUUUGCUCAAGAAACUGCUGUCAUGGUCGAGGACCCCAAUAUGUUGAGAUAUGUAGAACAAGAACUGGCUAGGAAAAGGGGCAAGAAUGUUGAUGUAGAAAAUCAAGUCGAGAACGAUAUUAAGCGUGCAGCGGAUGAGUUGUACAAAAUUCCAGAGCAUCUGAAAGUGAAGAGGCGAAGCUCAGAUGAAAACUCCACUCAGUGGACUACAGGGAUUGCAGAAAUUCAGCUUCCCAUAGAAUACAAACUAAGAAAUAUCGAGGAAACAGAGGCUGCGAAAAAGCUCUUGCAGGAGAAGAGGCUUGUGGGUCGUGCGAUAGCAGAAUCUAGCAUUCCGUCUAGUUUUAGUGCAGACUUUUCUCAACGUGGAAAGGACCAUGCUGAAAAACUUAGAAAAGAUAAUCCGCAGCAGCAGCAGCAGCAGCUUCAAAAGGACAAGGGUGCAAAUGAUAAUGGUGUGGAAUCUAGAAAGCCUGAUUCAGUUGCAGAUGGUGCAACACGGAGGCAAGCUGCCACUGAUGAGAUCAUGCUCAACCGCUUCCGCAAACGAGAAAGACAGCGUCUCAUACGCAGAUAAUGGAGAGAAACCUUCAAAACUAAACUACGGAUUUAUUCAAUGUCAUUGGUAACGUGAAUUGUUGAGAAAAGUGUGUAUGCAAUUUUAAUAUAAUGACCCAUAUCCGCGGCAACCACAAGUUGAAUAUCAGCAGCAUGUUGUUGAAAACAAUAUUGGGGUUGUUUUUUUCCUUGUAAUCAGUUUUGCCGUUUUAAGUUGUUCGACUAGGAUAACACCCUUGUAAUAUUUUGAAUUUAGUUCUUGGACGACGAACAAUCAAAUUAUCACUAUAUUUAUUCCUUUUUCUACUUCUU